UAGUAUAGAAUAGAAUAUAAUUUUAUUCAACGUAAAAUUUUACGAUUAUUUGUUGAUUGUUAAGAUUAUUAGUCAUUAGUUAGGCUCGGUCACUGAAGAGAAGAAAUGGCGAAAGAAACUUGGAGCAUCUUUUGAGAUUACCUACCUCAUCUGAUAAUUAUUAAAUGAAUGGAAAAACAAUGUAGUUCUGGUUAGGAUAGGUCGUACCUCGGUUAUAAUUUACGUCUCUGAUAGUGGGGAAAGUAUAGAUGAUUAUCUUUUAUAAUAAAACUUUCAGUAGUUAACUUCCAUUCAUGUCAUGUAAUUCUUUGGACCUGUAAUAUUCUGUAAUUUUAUGAAAUGAAACGAUUGCAGUAAUUUUAAACGAUUUUAUGCCUUCAUGAUACUAAAAUUAAAAUAACUUACAUUCUGUAAAUUCCAUACGUGGCUUCUCUAAUAUUAUUUUCAAAUUAAAUAAUUACGGAAAUUAUCGCCUGCGGGCAUCGAAGCUUAGAGUUAUUUAAAAUCUAACGUACAAGUCGUAUCAAAAUCAAACAUUUCAUAUAGAAAUGGAUAGUAUACAGCAUUUCCCACCACUGUACCGAAAAACUUUGAGCAGACAUUUUAAAAUGUUUGCUAUUUUGGGCUAUUACAUUUUUAAUGAUUCAGACAAGCAUUUUCUCAUCAAAUAUGGAAGGCUGAUAUUCUUUCAUUGCUAUUUCUUCGUUACUGUUUUGUUUCAAGUGCUGUAUUUGUUUUAUGGACAGCGUCAGGGCGCGUCUUUACUUGAAAUUAUAAUAGCUGUCCCGUUUAGUGUUUUGUUUAUUCAAGCUUUUGCAAAGCUACCGAUUCUUGUUGUGAAAAGAUCGCUUCUUAGAGGAGUGAUAGAAGAGAUGGCUGAUCUUUGGCCGGUGUCCACGGCUGGGGAUGAAGAGAAAACCAGGGUCAUGCAGGUCAGACUCAGGGAACUCAAGAUUGUAGACAACUUCUUAUUCUUCUUCUCUGUAUUCGGCGUCAACUUCUACAACACGAUACCGCUGACGAUAUCGCUCAAGUCUUUCUUCAGUGAGUCUGAAAACCUCUACAUGUACCCGCUACAGAUGUGGAUCCCGUUCACCACCACAACUGUACUGCAGUAUGUCAUUGUGUCUACUGUUCAGAUCACUUUCUCUGCUCUCCUCUACAUAAGCCUAAACCUGACGUGCGAGCUUUUAUUAGUCACCCUGGUAAAUGACCUCUGCAUUUUACUCCAUCUCUUACAAAUCGACAUUGAAAACGUCAUUUCGGAAGCAAUACCUACUGUGUAUGAUUCAGGGGUUGGUACCAGUAUAGAUAACUACGCUAGUGAGGUGGAAAUACUUCAUCAGAAACAAGCGAAUCAGCGUGACUAUGAAAAGAUUAAGCAACUUCUGAAGACUCACCAAAAAUUAAUGAGUAUUGUUGAACGACUGAACGACAUAUUUGGAGUGAUAAUCUUCAACUCGGCUUGCACUUCAUCUAUUCUUAUUUGUUGUUUCUGCUUUUUGACUACUACUGCCCGAGGUAUGGACGCGAUAAUGUACAUACUGUCCAUGAUCGGAAUGGUGUUCACUAUAUUCAACUUCGCGUGGCCCGGACAACUGCUUUGUGAUGCGAGCGCCGGUAUAUCGGAUGCUGCCUACAAAUGCCUCUGGUACGAACGGGACCAGAAGAUCAAAAAGUCCAUAGCUAUCAUAAUGACAAGGGCUCAAGAACCAUGUUAUUUGACUGCUCUCGGAUUUAACAAUAUGACGUACGAAACUUUGGUGGCGGUGUUGAAGGGUGCCUAUUCUUUCCUUUCGCUGUUGCGGCAAGUUUACCAAGAAUCAGAAAUGUGAUGUGACGUUGUGUUGUGAUUUAGUUUAAUUAAAAUCUACAUAAUUUAGGGUACUUACCUACCGAUGAAUG